UCGCGGAACACACUUAUGGCAAAAGAUAUUUUAUGAAACACAUCGUAUUAGGUACCAUAUCAAAUAUUGUUAUUUGAAUUAAAGUUAAGCAAUUUAAAACAAAAAGUGAAUUGGAUAGUAAACUACAAAUAAUGUCGUUAUUAAAACGCAUAAAGAAGUGUUUGACUGGAGCGAAUCAAACGGGUGAUAACCAAUCCAGUGUGAUGAUCAGUAAGAAUAAAGACAUAUUUAUAAGGUUUGAUCCUCAAAAAACAGCGCCUGAAAUUAGUGAGCGGGAGGUUGAGAUUCUUAAAGACUGUUGGAACAUAGUUCAACGGGAUGUUGCAAAAGUUGGGAUUAUUUCGUUUGUCGGUCUGUUUGAGACCCACCCGGAAGUCCACGAUGCUUUCAUGUCAUUCCGAGUAGUUAACACAUCAGACACCGAAUACAGCGCAAUUCUUCGUGCGCAUGCGCUACGAGUAAUGGGAACAGUUGACAAGUGUAUUUAUAGACUUGACAACAGGGACAAGUUACGAGAGCUCAUGACAGAGAUGGGAAUACGUCACAAGAAUUAUUCCGUAAAAACUAAAUUCAUUGAUUUGAUGGGCCCCCAGUUCAUCAGCUCUAUCAAGCCCCAUUUGGAAACAGUAUGGACAGACGAACAUGAGAAAGCCUGGGAUAAUUUAUUCAAACUCAUGUGCUACUACAUGAGAAAGGGAAUGUGUAGUAUAUGAUGAAUUGUUAACUCUAUAAAGAAAGGCUUAUGUGUUACAACUGUUUUUGAAGCAGUAUUAUACACCUGUGAACAGUAUAUAUUUGUCAGAAAUAUCGUUUGAAACCAUGAUGACAAUACAUCGGACGUGAAAUACUGUCGUAAAAAGGAAGUGUUAGAGGUGAUAAACAGAGGCGAUGAUAUCAAACAUGUAGAUGAUGUUAAUUCAAUAUAUUCAGUGCUCUGUUUGGGAAAGGCCAUUGCCAGAUACUAAUGCUUGAAUGGAAACACCUGGCCCAGUGUACGAGAUGUAAAAACAAUGCAUGAAUACACUACGAAUGAAUGCAGUUCACAAACAGUUUAAACAAAAAAAAGAACUGGGAUAAUAAUACAAAUACUAAUUCCGUAAUAAAUAUAAACAUACCAUUAUAAUAUCUAUUACACGUUAUUAAACGUUUUGUUAGAUUUGAAGGAAUAAAAAAUAACCCAAACUUUAUAAAAGCAGACGUUUAUCAAACUGUUUAACUUUCUCAUCUCAUUUUUCAUCAAAUUAUAUGUACUUAUCAUUAUCUGUGAUAUAAGUUCAAACUUAUUAAGAGGCAAUUGUACUGUAUGUUGUAAGACAACAAACUCUUUUUGCAUUGGUAACAUAGAAAAAUUAUAUAUGUAUAAAAAAUAUUUUUUUCAUAUGUUGUUUGACAUUGCAUGAAGUAAACUUGACUGGUUUAUAUAUCCGUUGUAAUUCAUCUAUAUUUAUAAUAAUCAUUUUAAGGUCUAUUUUUUAUUGUUUGUAAACGACUUGUUGCAUGUUGCCAAGUUAUUAAAAACUAUAUACACUCAGUUGCCCAGAUUCGUUGAAUUAUUGCUCGAAGAACUGAUAAUAAUAAACCCUGUUGAGUGAUUUCAGAAGAUCUCUUCACGUGAUCACUCAAAUGAAGCGUUAUUUAUCGUAUGUUGCAAAAUUACACAGGUGAAUUGGUUUAACCUGCAUGGAGGAUGGUUAUGACACAUUUAAAUAUCUAAGGGCAAGUACCUGUUGUUAUUUUGUAGAUUUAAAACAUCAUGUUGCACUCCUGCAGUGCAAGCACAGUUGUCAGAUUAUUGUUCUUAAAAUAUAUCCCAAGUUCACAUCAUAUAAAAUGAAUCAUAGAUUUAUUUGAAUAUUUUUUCUCUAACGAGUGUACCGAAAUUAAGCUGUUGUUUCAUAUCCCUUCUCUGUUAACAGUUAACAUGCAUUUAAUAAAUUAAGAUUUAUGUUGUGAGUUAUGAGAACCAACAUAAACAUAUUAAGUAUUCAACAAAGCUGAUGAUGUCUGCUCUCAGUCGGCAUAUAUUUGCUAAGGAUUAGGUAUUAAAGAGGCAUUUACGAAAAAUGACUUCGAUUGUCCCAUAAGGUAGAAAUAUGCACCUUUCUUUCAAAUCCAACCAAUUUCCUUCAUAAGAUAAAAACAUAUUUGUCCAUCCCUUUUAGUAAGUUAAAAGAAUUGUUUUAACUUUGGUACUGCUUAUUUGGGAGAAAGAGUGCGUCUGCACACUACAGUACGAUAUCAAAGUUGGUAUUUAAGAGGAAAUAAGCAAAUAAACAUACGACAUUGAUUUAAAAAAUAAUAGACUUUACAUAUAAGGGAAAGACAUGUAAUAUCGUUUGCUUCGUAUAAAGAUUAGAAUUUGUUUCAGUGUCACGUACAAAAUGAAUACAAACCAUAGGCCAGCUUAGGCAGUUUUUAAAUUAUAGAUAUACUAGAAAAACAGUUACUACGAAAUAUUUCAAAUUGCAUUUCGCUGUGCUAAUUCAUUUAUGUCAUUAGACAUACUGCUUUAAAUAAUAACGUCAAACAAGUGUGUAUUGUCUGCGCAAUUGAAUUUUCUCGCCUCAAAUGUUCAGCGUAUUCAAUGUGCUUGUAAAGAAAUCCGAUUAACAUUAUUUUUUACGAGUGACAAGAAAAGGAAACAUGACUUUCAACGUUGAGUUAUGAUCAAAGAUUCAAUGUUGGUUUACUGAAAUAUGUUCUAAAUUAUAACAAACUACAACACUACGUAGUGGGAUAAACCAAACUGCAGAACAUCGUAAUUGCCCAAGGUUCAACAGUAAUACAUUCUAAGAAUCUCUGACUACUUGUCAACCCAAGCCUUAGUUUUCUUUUUGUUACUUUAGAUACGAAUAUUUCAUUCAGAUAUUAUCUGCGUGUUUAUGCUACAUGCUCGUGUGUUAGCGGCUUAUGAAAUUCAAAAAUGCAAUGAUCCAACUGGAAUUAUAAAUAGUAUCAUGGAUCAAUAAACAGUACCAAUACCAUUUUUAAUGGAAAUAUAUACUUUCAGUACUGUUUGUAAAAUUGCUGAGAUAUGUUGCAAAUUGAUGGCGAUAUACUGUGUAGAUGAACAAGUAUUUUGUCUGAUAACUAGCUCUGUCUGCAAAAACAGGCCAUCUUGGGCACAUGAUAUUACACAGAAUAUCUCGUUUACCAUGUAUUUCAGCCAUGAUAUUUAAAUUAACUAACGAUAAUUAGGUUUUUUGUGUCCGACGUGCUAGAGGGAUUAACUAUAUUGACCCUUAUAUAAUUGUACCUGUGUAAGGUCAUUGAAACUUUUUAAUGUAUACAUUCCCGCUUAUGUAUCUCUUAUGUUUUGUAGUGUAUAUAGAACAUGUUUAGUUUUUUUUAUCAUUAAAGUCAAAUGCGUUUAACAUGACGGUGCAUUAAAAUAAAAUUUAAAACCAU